GGAUCUCGUCUCUCACACCCACAAAGAUCCCCUCUCUUCGCCCUCUCCAAUGGCCGCAUAUAUGCAUUCUCUCUCUCUACUGUGUGUCGGUUCUGUAUCUGGGUGGUGUUAUCAUCUCUAUCCAUUUCAUCAUUCUAUAAGUAUCAAACACUACAUCACACGGAAACUGCAUCUGCAUGUAUCCAAAGGGCAGGUGAUCGUGGACAUAUACCAGAUUACCGUAUUCUUAUUGAGGGUUACUAGAUUUCUCUUCUCUCAUUCUUCCUUCGCAUUUCCUUCUCGUUCCCGCGAUUUGUCCGAAUUUUAACUCUCUACAUUCUCCAUACCUCUAAACCAUUUCACCAUGGCUGUCCAAGGACAAGAGCGUCAUGUUCAAAAGAGUUAUUGGAUUGAACAUUCUAGUGAACUCACUCUUGAAGCUAUGAUGCUUGAUUCCAAAGCUGCUGAUCUUGACAAAGAGGAGAGGCCUGAGGUUCUUUCUAUGCUACCACCUUAUGAAGGCAAAUCUGUACUGGAACUUGGUGCAGGAAUUGGUCGUUUUACUUCUGAACUAGCUAAGAAAGCUGGUCAGGUCUUGGCUCUGGAUUUUAUUGAGAGUGUGAUAAAGAAGAAUGCAAGUAUCAAUGGGCAUUUGGAGAAUGUUAAAUUCUUGUGUGCUGAUGUUACAUCACCUGAGCUCAAUAUUCCUGAUGAAUCCAUGGACAUGAUAUUCUCAAACUGGCUAUUGAUGUAUCUAUCUGACAAUGAGGUUGAGAAUCUUGUGGAAAGAAUGGUCAAAUGGUUGAAGGUGGGUGGUUUUAUUUUCUUUCGAGAGUCAUGCUUCCAUCAGUCGGGAGACCAUAAGCGAAAGAACAAUCCAACUCACUACCGUGAGCCUCGAUAUUAUACAAAGGUGUUCAAAGAGUGUCAUGUAGGCGACAAUUCCGGGAAUUGUUUUGAACUUUCUCUUGUUGGCUGCAAAUGCAUUGGAGCAUACGUGAAAAGCAAAAAGAACCAAAACCAGGUAAAAAUAAAAUUGUUUACAAUCCUUCUAUUUCAUCACCUUGCAUUCUUGGUGCAGAUUUGCUGGUUGUGGCAGAAAAUUAGCUCUUACAAUGAUAGAGGUUUCCAGAAGUUCCUGGACAAUGUCCAAUACAAAUGUAAUGGAAUACUACGCUAUGAACGUGUGUUCGGCGAAGGGUUUGUUAGCACAGGGGGUAUAGAGACGACGAAAGAGUUUGUUGCAAAGCUUGAUCUUAGGCCUGGUCAGAAAGUGCUUGACGUGGGAUGUGGUAUUGGUGGAGGAGAUUUCUACAUGGCUGAGAACUUCGAUGUUCAUGUUAUUGGAAUAGAUCUUUCCAUCAAUAUGAUCUCUUUAGCUAUAGAAAGGGCAAUUGGUCUAAAAUGUGCAGUUGAAUUUGAAGUUGCUGACUGCACUAAGAAGACAUACCCGGAGAAUACAUUGGAAGUCAUUUACAGUAGAGACACUAUUCUCCACAUUCAGGACAAACCUGCCUUGUUCAAAUCAUUUUACAAAUGGCUGAAGCCAGGAGGUAAGGUUCUGAUUAGUGACUACUGUAAGUGUGCUGGAAUUCCCUCAGUGGAGUUUGCAGAUUACAUCAAACAAAGAGGCUAUGAUCUUCAUGAUGUAGAAACAUAUGCACAGAUGCUUAAAGAUGCUGGCUUCCAGGAUGUUAUUGCAGAAGAUCGGACUGACCAGUUUCUAAAGGUGUUGCAGGAAGAGUUGGAUAAGGUUGAGAAUGAAAAAGAAGCAUUCAUUCAAGACUUCUCUAAGGAGGAUUACGACGAGAUAGUUAGUGGUUGGAAAUCUAAGAUGGCUAGGAGUUCGGCUGGUGAACAGAGGUGGGGUUUGUUCAUAGCUGUCAAGAAGUGAACCCAAAUCAUGUGUUUCAAAGGACGCUGGUCCUUUGUUGUGUCAACUGUGUUUAUGCUAUUAUUAUGGGUAUUUGCCUUAUUAUGGUUAUGAAACUUUGAAUUGAUAGAACAGUUUACCAAGUAUAUAUUAUGUUGUUAUAUGAUUUAAUAAAUUAUGUGUUUAGUAUUAA